AUGUUGAAUAUUUACAACACCGCAGCUCCCCUAAAAAAGUCGACAAGUCUUUUCCAAAACAAAAUCAGGAAACGUCGGAAAACCAUAUUUCGAAAACUCGAGGAGCUACGAUUGUGCGGAGCUCGUAUUUAUAUUGUAAUAGAACAGAACAACAAAUAUUUUACAUACGAUUCUGAGAAAACAGAAUCUUGGCCGCCAUCUUCGAAAAUGCUAGAGAAGAACUAUCCCUUGCCAAAGGAAUAUGGACCUGUAACAGCCUCACUGUCACAGUCAGGCAUGGCAAAGUAG